AUGAUAUUAUCUUGGGCAAAUAUAACUUAAACAUAAAUAACAAAAGAUAUACUGAAUAAAAUGAAUAUUUAAAUUGAUAAUAUUUAUAAUAAAAUGAAUUUUAAUAAAAAGGGCAAAAUCUAUUGUCAAGAUUAUGAAUAAGCAAUGAUUAAGAAUCCUGAUUUACUUGAAAUUUUUGAGUUUUUAAAUAUGAGUGUUGAAGAAAAUAUAUUUUAACAAAAAAACAAAUUAAAAAUUAAAUAUUUAGAAUUAAUUGAAUAUCAGUUGUUUGAAAUAUAAAACUUAAUAAAAAAUGAUAAUAAUAAUUAAAAAGAUAAAAAUAGGAAAAAAUCAGUAAAUAAUAAGAACAAUAUAAAUAGUUAAAAUAAUAAUGAUAAUAUAUUUUAUUAACAAUAAAACUUAAAAUAAUUAUAAAUUAAUUAUAAUAAUAUUGAUAAAUAUAAAAUAGAUUAAAAUAAAAAAAAAAGUAAAAACGAUAAAUUUAAUUUUGGUUUUAAAAGUUACCCAUAAAAAAAAAUCCUUAACAAAAGUUUAUUUUAUUAGUAAAAAUAAAAAUUUUAAGAAAAUGAAGAACAUUAAUUCUUAUAUAAAAGCUGCUAAAAAAGCAACUAAAAUGAAGAUUUAGAAUAAAACUUAAUUUAAAGAUUUAUGUAAAUGGAUAAAAACGAAAUGAAAAAAACAUUAAUAAAAGUAUGUUUGUAGAUAGAAUAAGUAUAGUAAACGUUUUAAAAUUUAAAAAAAGUAUUAUUAAAGAAAUAAUAAUAGAAUAUAUAAAAAUAAGAAUUUUUAAGUGAUAUUAAUUUAUAAAAAAUAAAAUUGAUUAAAUAAAAUAGCUUUAUUGAAAAUAGUAAUUAAGAAUAGAAAAUAAAUGGUCUUAUUAUUUUUGGACAUUAAGAUUGGAAUUUAGUACUUAAUAUGAUGAUAGGUAUUCGAACUAGUGUUUUUUAGAAUUCAUAUAUAAUAAAAUAAGAAAUUUAAUAAAAAGAUUUCAAAGAUAAAUUUAUUUAUGAAUUAUUACCAAAAAAGCUCCCUAUUUAAAAAUAAUAAUUAUAUAAAGCUUAUAUUUUUUAUGAUUAUUAUCCUUGUAUAUUUUAAUAUAUUAGAUUCUUAUAUAAUAUUUCUGAUGAAUAAUAUCUAAAAUCUAUUGGAUUAGAUUAACUUUUUAUUAGCCUUGCUAAAGGAGAUUUUAAUGGUUUUAGAUAAUUAACAAGCUAAGGUAAAAGUGGGUCUUUUUUUUAUUAUACAUCAGAUGGGAAAAUUACUAUAAAAACAAUUAGUAAGAGUGAAUUUAAAUAUUUAAAGGCUAUAAUAUAGAAUUAUUUUAAUCAUUUAAAAACUAAUAAAUAAAGUCUCAUAAUUAAGUUUUUUGGAUUACAUAAAAUUAAAGUGAGAAUGAAAAAAAAUCUUUAUUAACAGGCUAUUUUCUUUGUUGUUAUGGGUAAUAUUUUUGAUAAUUGUAAAGAUUUUAUUUCUAAAUAUGAUUUAAAAGGAUCAAUAUAUGGAAGAAAAACUAAUAAUAAAAAUAAAAUGUAAAUAAUAAUACUUUUUUUUUUAUCUUUAUAUGUUUCUAUUUUUUUAAGUAAAGAUAUAACUUUAAAAGAUCUCGAUUUUAUUGAAAAUAAAUAAAAAAUUUUAAUUAAUUAUGAAAAAUAUAUUUAGUUUAUGGAUAUUAUUUAAAAAGAUGCUGAGUUUUUUGCUUAAAAUAAUAUUAUGGAUUAUAGUUUAUUAGUUGGUAUUCAUUAAAAAAAUUUAUAAAAAUAAUAUAGUAUUAAAUAAAAUAUGUCUUAAAUUAUAAGUAGUGAUAAUAAAUUUAUUUAUUAUUUUGGAAUUAUAGAUAUUUUGACAUGUUUUAAUAAUCUUAAAAAGAUAGAAUAUUUCACAAAAAAAAUUAUUUAUGGUAAUACUAUUUCUUCUGUUCCUCCAUAAUAAUAUAAAGAUAGGUUUAUAAAUUUUAUAAAAAAAAUUUUUGUUUUUAAAUAAGAUGAAAUAAAUAAUAAUAUUUAAAUUGAUUAAUUUAAUAUUUUUAUAAAAGAUUAAUUGAAAAAUAAUAAUGGUACAGUAGUUAAAAAAAAUUGA